AACGCACUGCUGCGCGAGCCAGUGCAUCCUUUUGAAGCCGUUUUUUUUGACGAACUACGCGACCACAUUGACGAUGACCCGAACAGCGUGUUUUCAACGCUUCUUCUGCUCGACCUUCUGGGCCGGAGAUAUGAUAGGGGCUUCGGUAAGUUUCGCAUAUUCACAAAGCGUGUGCCGCUUUCGCGCGACGACUUGGACAAGCUAGCAGGCUGGAAAUGGAAUGACGACAACAUAGUGCUUCUGCCCAAUGCGCCGAGCCUCGUUGUGUGUGGAAGAAUCGGGGCCGCGGAUCAGGAGAACCUGAUCUCUCUCGCGUUCGAAAUACAGCAACGGACAAGUUCCGCGAACUGGUCUUGUUGACCUGUGGUCUCGAUGUGGUCCUCGUGGUUCCUCCUACUUUGGAGUGCUCUUCUCAAUCGUUCGGGGAGGAUGUGGGCCAAUCUUUGAAAGACACCGACACGCAGACGUCGAUGUCAGGGAGUCGCUAGUUGAGAAAGUCUGUCACGUGCGAGGAUUACUCGUAGUGUUGUGCAAACGAGAUGUAAAAAGAAACACUACACGUACGACAAACAGAAACAUCGUCGUGCUGCAAAGGAGUAGAAGAAGUUAGUUGUCACGAAAAAGUAAAAUCGGGAACGUAUUUAGCUUUUUACAAACAGCGUUUUGUAUUUUUGAAAAAAAAACUUCUGGGAGGAAGUGGUUACGUUUAAGAAACAAUCGCAGAGAUCGAUGGCAACGUGUGUUGCCACACUGAACUUGUGAAGCUGAAAAACAAUCUGUUUUCUACCGACGUUAUUCCAGUGUGCGUCCUUUCACAGCAUGUGCAUGAAAGGUCUCUCAUAGUAACAGCAUCGAUCUCAAAUACACAUGUACAAUUUUACGGUUCGAAACAGCAUCCAAAACUACAUAGCUCUAAAGUCGACCAUGAUCAUGUAUACAAAUUCUGAAACGAAAGACUAGCGUGUUGAGUGCACACUAAUUUUUAUUUUUCUAUUUUUGAAAAGUAUAGCGGUGUGUUGCCACACUGAAAUUUUGAAGCUGAAAAACAAUCUGUCUGUUUUUUCUGCGAGAAAAUGUUUUUUCGAGAAGCAACCACGAGAACGCACGAGGAAAUGAAAAUUUCGAAUGGAACAAUUUUGAACAUUUUCUGAAACUGUCGACAGUCUCAGUCUUUCGGGGAAUAU